AUGCUCGCCACUGUGGUCGAGAAGCACAGGACUCGAGUUCCGCUAUUAUUAGAUCCCACCAGUUGUGCAUAUCCAAAGGCCGUGCCGGGAUUUGAACUCCGAACAUCUGACAUGCGAGGCGAGCGUGUUACCGCUACUUCACCGACACAUGUUGGAUUCACGCGAAAGUGUUCACGCCUGAGCGAUGAGAUUGAUGUGCCAGUGCGUGGAAAUGUCCAGGACAGGCGAGACAAUUCCAUCGACCACCUGCUAAAGGAAUAUGGUGACGUUACUACUGGACAGGGUAGCAAAGCCCUCAUAUGCAUCUUGCUUACAAAACUGAAUAUCCAUCUUCUCCUUGAACACGCCUUUCUGAACCUUCCUGGAUAUUCAUCGACUGCUACUCAAAUGCAACCUCCAACACCGACGUUUACGUCUGUUGAAUGGGUUGAGCAAGAAAAAUCAGAACAAUUGAGAGAAAACCAAAACGGUCAGAGAAACCCGGGGCCGCGUAAGGUGCGGACAAAUCGCAUGGCAAUUGAAAGGCUGGCAGACCCGGAUGUCAGACGAACUUACAAGAAUCGUCUUCUAGAGUCUCUUCCAAACGCUCCACCAUCAGAUGUGAACUCAUACUGGGACGAGACUGCCGCCUCUUUGCAUAGUGCUGGGAAUUUCGCCUGUGGCACGACCCAACCAGGCGCACUCAAGCACUGGAUAUCAGACCGAACGGUGGCACUACUUAAAUCUCGAAGAAAUAUCCCAGCCGGUCCCGAACAUAACCCAGAUGGGGACCACGUGAUCCUCACUUUGCCUGGUUGGAGACACUACAAGAUAUGGCUGCCAACCGAUGUCAGUGGCGUUCUUGUUGUCAGUUUCUAUCCAGAUUUCUUGAGUGAAUGUCUGGAGAUUGCCUUACCGCAAUCUCUGAAGGUCACGCCGUCCGUAGCUCCGGCCAAAAAGACGGUCAAGCUACACAAUAACAGGUUGGAUAGUUUCAUCUUCUGUCAGGUCUUCGCCACAGGGUUGUUUAUUAGAAAACACCAACCACACUGUUACAGACUAGUAGACAGGGAGGCAAAAAUCCCUUAUGAAUCUUGUUUACAAAAACUGAACAUCCAUCUCCUCCUCGAACACGUCUUCCUGAAAUUUCCUGGAUAUUAUCUGACUGUUACUCAAAUGCAAGCAAGUGCUACAAGGCGACUCCACAAAUUUCGUAAUAGAUCUCACUUUUUAAGAGACACGAAGCGGAGUUACGAUAAACAUAUUACUCGCAUGCCCCAUCAGUAG